AUGCUCUCCUCCCCUCAAGACACUGAGUUCGGUCUACCAUUCCAUGAGCAAACGCACUAUGAACCUUUCACAGCAACACCCAUGUUCUCGAUAUCAGCGAGCUCGCCUUGCAACGACACAAGGAUCGACGAAGCUGCUGAAGGUAUGAGACGUAUCGAAGAAGGCCAAGAGCAGUCCCUAGAGGUCAGAGAUGCUCUCUGUCAAGAUAUGAGCAACGUUCCGCCCGCUGGACUCGAUUUACUCAACAAUGCCGUUACCACUACGCUAGGGCAUCUGCACGUGUUGGCCAGACACCGACUGUGGCUUCUGCUUUGGCUUCCUUACAACGACGGCAGCAGUAUUGGUGUGGCUGGUUGCUGCAUCAGCAUCGACUCGAAGGCGUCGCCAACCACAGCUGAAUUUCAGCUCGAUCAACAACACUUCAGAUCAACCAAUCUGGACAACCAAUCCGAUUCACAGCCCUUCCGAUUUGUCGCCGUCUCAGCGCCCGAGCUUGCAUUCAAGAUGCAGCAGCCUGCUUGAGUUGUGG